AUGUCACACUUCUUCGUCUCUUCCUUUGCGUUCGAACUACCUCUUCACCCUCCGUUUCGCACCCUACAUAUCCAAACUGAAGGCGACUUCGGGCGACUGCGAACGACUCGUAUCCGACGAUUUGACGAAUACCACAGAGGACAUACCAACGCGCACGCUCUGAAGGACACAGUCGCCUGGUCCUCCUUCUCGUCAUCACAUUGGCCAUCAUGCACCCGUGUCAUCUCGAUAACACCUGCUCAUCUUGUGUUCCAUACCAGUGAUAGCCCGUGGAAGAUGCCUUUAUGGCCCUUUCGGAGGAAAACAGGGCGAAAACGCUCCCGCAGCGGCUCCGCCUUGUCCGAUGGCGACGCCCCGGUCCCGGUGCCCCAGGCCGGCAGCGACGACCGACCUUCCGCUUUCACUCCUGCCACGAGAACGGCCUCCCAAAAGAAGCAACGGACAGAGCAGACCCCCCCGAAUGCGCUGCACCGGCAAGCUCGCACGUACAGCUUCUCCCCAGGACGUAAUGAUUCCAUCCGCGCCCCAGGAAGGGUGACCUCGGACCCCCCACCACCUCGCUCCGAGUCACCCCAGGCGCAGUCAAUAGAGGACAAGGGACAAGAUGCAGCCUGGCCCCGCGUUCCGACCUUACAUAAGAAGAAUUCCGACCGACGUGUUCUCCGACGGAAAAGUACCAAGAGGAAGAGAAAGGACCCUGACCGCGAGGCCGAGAUUAAGGCCAUGAGCCACUUCGUGCCGGCCCGACCAGCAGUCGAUUCGUGGCCUGGAGGCCGGCCUAUCAGGGCGGAAAGCAAGAGGGCUAAGGCGGGCAUCACAAAUGCUGGGACUUGGAGUCCUACAUCCGACGUCUCUCUGCCUUUUCAAGAGUCCAUCCACUCGACCAUGUCUUCCGACUCCGAGCACGCCUCCUACAAAAUCUCAGCUCUGGAAGCCCUUACCCCCCGCCCAACCCUGCGAUAUGCUGCCACCCCACGACGCAAUCCCUCCACAGGCUCGGUCCUCGCUCGGACAUCCUCGCAGAGGAGGAAGCUCGUCAAGCAGGAACCUAUACCAGAGGCGACCUUAAAGGCUCACAAGCGAAUAGACAGCCUAGCCGACGACCUCGACGCUGCUGGCUUACGGGAGCUCAUGGAACGCGACAAGCGUCGGAGGGAAAGAAAACGGCAGCGAGAGCAGGAGCGCAUUGAGAGGUACUUGUCCAGAUGCGCAGAAAAACAGAAAGAAGCUGAGGCUGAAGCCUCGGCGAGAGGCACCCCAUCCCCGCAGAAUCUUGAAAGAGGUGUGAUGGGAAGGGAAGUCCUUGGCCUAGGUAUCGACACGACCUCCGCAGUGGUCACUUCGUCAAGGAGACGUCCAUCAGAUGACUCUAUCCAGAGGUCCAACAAGUCGCCCGAGGACGGCACGCCAGUUCAAGAGCCGCACGGCAUCGAUCCUCGCCGCCGCCAGCCCGAAGCUCUAAGCCACUUCUACAGGACAGAUAGCACACCUCGAGAUCCUCCGACUUUCACCCCAGAACUAAACCCGCCGAGCGCAGCCCCAUCACCAGGCCCCGAAGACUCCAAACCGCUCAGGAUGGCCUUCUUGCGAUCGAGGAAGUCAAGGUCACGGACGACGUUGGCAUCGGACGAGAGGCGCAAUUUUUCGUCCUUGGCAUCCAAGUCCAAUGACUCCGUUUCCGGGACCAAAAAUUCCGAAACGAGUGGGCGAGGAGGAAAACGCAGUCUCUCGGCACUAUUCAGGUGGGGUACAAAGAGCAUACGGAAGAGCUCAGGCCCCUCUUCAUUCUCCAACACCUCCCGCGAAGAGAUGCAAGCAGCGGUGGCCCAAGCGCCUGCGCCUGCGCAUGCACAAGCGCAGGCGCACGUGCAGGUACAGGUACAGGCACUGGCACUGGCGCUCGCGCGGGCGCAAGCCCAGGAUCAGGAUCAGAAGCAGAAGCAGAAUCAAGCCGAGUCAGAAAAAUUGCAGACUUUACAGACGACACAAAUGACAGCACCUGGUGCCAUGUUGACGGAUGCCCCUUCUCCCUCAACAGUGGGCUCUCAGUCUAGGGCCAUGGGUACCCGAGGCCCCAAACGGACGCGGUCUCGUUUCAGGGAAGAUCUACCUGAGAUGCCGAUAUCACCCCCAGAGUCCCGCGUGGCCUCCCCGGAGGCCGAGGUCAAGGCACACGAGGUCAUUCUGGAGGAUACGGCUCCAGGGCUAACCUUAGCCCCAGCAAUACAAAAUAACACACCCACAUCGAAACCGCAAUCCGCGCGACAGACAAAUAUGCAGCAAACAUCAGCACCACUCCACCAAUCUAUGCAGGACUCCCCUCAACCGCACUCCAUCUCCCUCGCGUCCAUUGAUUCAGAAGGGUCCUGGCUCUCCGGGAAGCUCGGGAAGCGGUCCUCCUCUGGCAUGGGUAUGCGGGACAGCCUCGCUCGCCACGCGAGGGCUAAUCGGCGCCGUUCCCUUCAUUCCACUAGCGGUACAACCGAGGACGAGCUUGUGGAAGACGAGUAUCUAUCCAAUCUCGCCACACCGCCACGGGAAAGACAGCCGGACGAGAACGGCCAAUAUGGUGGUGGACGUCGUUGGUCCGAGGAAGGGCGUCCCAGCAGUGACGAUGACGAGCUAGCCAACACGUAUGGGGAUGGGGGUGAGAUGAGUGUGGGAACCGUCAAGAGUCAUCACCCCCAAAUACACCGUCAAGAACACCAGGCCUCUCUCAUGAAAAGCCGCGAGGGCCUCGUCAACGAAUUCGACGGGGACCGACAGUCGACGCCUUCGGUCGAAUUAGACUCAGAUGAGACGUCUCAUGUCGGGCGCGCGACCAGCGUCGAUUUUGGGCGCAAAGGUCAUGUCCGGCACGUCAGCGCAGGAAGCGCCAAGUUGCUUGACAUGACUCCGCGGGCCACGGAGAGCACCAGUUCCGACCCAGACGCCAGCCAUUCGAUGCAAGACGACCAGAGCAGAACCGUUCAUUCAAGCUUAACAAUGCUUUGCUCUUUCGUCUUGCCUGUGCUGGCUCUGGGUUUCGGCUGGACACUACCUGCUCGUUUAACCAUUUCUCGACUUCCUCGACUCACGCAAGGGUUACAUGCGCUCGGCGCCCCUCUCGUCCAUUGCCUGUUUCAGGGGGAGCGAAAGGAGAAAGGCAAGCUCAGAGCAAGACAAGGUGCCGCAAUGCGGAAGAUGUAUAUUUCUGUUAGGGAGGGCAAGCGGAACCUCCCUUGA